GCUGUGGGCAGGGAGCCGGGCUCGGCCGCCAGCACUAAAGAUGGAGAGGCGCCGGGGCCUCGCAGGGGAGGGGGCUCGGCGUUGACGUGGGACGCGGCGGAGGCGCCGCAGCCGGUGGUGAUUUGCUAACCUCGCUGCACAGAGGAGUUGAGGGCGAUGAGAGCGGGUACUGCGAACUGCCGGGCGCUGCCGCCGCUGCCGCCGUGAUACCGAGAGCAACAGUUCCCCAGCGCACCCCUCCCCAGCGCAGGCACACACCUCCCCAGCAGCACGCACGCCCACCCCACGCGCCCGGCUCGGCAGCGCCCAGGGAACGCACCCUGCCCCGCCACGCAGAGCCCGGGAGGACAGAGAGCCUCAUGCCUAAGCUGUGGGGCGCACCAUGGAUCUGACGAAGAUGGGCAUGAUCCAGCUGCAGAACCCCAGCCACCCCACGGGGCUCCUGUGCAAGGCCAACCAGAUGCGGCUGGCGGGGACCCUGUGCGAUGUGGUCAUCAUGGUGGACAGCCAGGAGUUCCACGCCCACCGCACAGUGCUGGCCUGCACCAGCAAGAUGUUCGAGAUCCUCUUCCACCGUAAUAGCCAGCACUAUACCCUGGACUUCCUCUCGCCAAAGACCUUCCAGCAGAUCCUGGAGUACGCCUACACGGCCACGCUGCAGGCCAAGGCGGAGGACCUCGACGACCUGCUGUACGCAGCCGAGAUCCUGGAGAUCGAGUACCUGGAGGAGCAGUGCCUGAAGAUCCUGGAGACCAUCCAAGCCUCCGAUGACAAUGACACGGAGGCCACCAUGGCAGAAGGUGGGGCCGAGGAGGAGGAGGACCGCAAGGCCAGGUACCUCAAGAACCUCUUCAUCUCGAAGCAUUCCAGCGAGGAGAGUGGCUACGCCAGCGUGGCCGCGCCCAGCCUGGCAGGGCCCCUGGUGGACCAGAGUCCUUCCGUCUCCACCUCCUUUGGCCUCUCAGCCAUGAGUCCCACCAAGGCGGCGGUGGACAGUCUGAUGACCAUCGGACAGUCUCUCUUGCAGGGAACGCUACAGCCUCCUGCGGGGCCCGAGGAGCCCCCUCUGGCCGGGGGCGGGCGGCACCCGGCAGCAGCCGAGGUCAAGGCGGAGAUGAUGCAGGUGGAUGAGGUGCCGGGCCAGGAGAGCCCUGGCACCGCCGAGUCCAGCCUUUCUGGUGGUCUGGGGGACAAAGUGGAGGAGAGGGGCAAGGAGGGGCCCGGGACCCCCACUCGGAGCAGCGUCAUCACGAGUGCCAGGGAGCUGCACUAUGGGCGCGAGGAGAGUGCCGAGCCGCUGCAGGCCUCCGCCGAGGCUGGCCAGGGACCCCCGGGCCGCCUAGAGCACCCCGGACCCCCCGCCGAGAAACCCCUGGGCCUCUACUCCGUGUUGCCCAACCACAAGGCCGACGCCGUGCUGAGCAUGCCGUCGGCCGUGACCUCCGGCCUCCACGUGCAGCCCGCCCUGGCCGUCUCCAUGGACUUCAGCACCUACGGGGGGCUGCUGCCGCAGGGCUUCAUCCAGAGGGAGCUGUUCAACAAGCUGGGCGAGCUGGCCGUGGGCAUGAAGUCGGAGAGCCGGAGCCUGGGGGAGCAGUGCAGCGUGUGUGGGGUGGAGCUGCCCGACAAUGAGGCCGUGGAACAGCACAGGAAGUUGCACAGUGGGAUGAAGACCUACGGGUGCGAGCUCUGCGGAAAGCGGUUCCUGGACAGUUUGCGGCUGAGAAUGCACUUACUAGCUCACUCAGCGGGGGCCAAAGCCUUCGUCUGCGACCAGUGCGGGGCCCAGUUUUCAAAGGAGGACGCGCUGGAGACGCACAGACAGGCACACACUGGCACGGACAUGGCCGUCUUCUGUCUGCUGUGUGGGAAACGCUUCCAAGCGCAGAGCGCGCUCCAGCAGCACAUGGAGGUCCACGCGGGCGUGCGCAGCUACAUCUGCAGCGAGUGUAACCGCACCUUCCCCAGCCACACGGCCCUCAAGCGCCACCUGCGCUCACACACAGGUGACCACCCGUACGAGUGUGAGUUCUGUGGCAGCUGUUUCCGAGACGAGAGCACCCUCAAGAGUCAUAAGCGCAUCCACACCGGGGAGAAGCCCUACGAGUGUAAUGGCUGCGGCAAGAAGUUCAGCCUCAAGCACCAGCUGGAGACGCACUACCGGGUGCACACAGGAGAGAAGCCGUUCGAGUGCAAACUCUGCCACCAGCGUUCCCGGGACUACUCGGCCAUGAUCAAGCACCUGCGCACGCACAACGGCGCGUCCCCCUACCAGUGCACCAUCUGCACCGAGUACUGCCCCAGCCUGUCGUCCAUGCAGAAGCACAUGAAGGCGCACAAGCCCGAGGAGAUCCCGCCCGACUGGAGGAUAGAGAAGACUUACCUGUACCUGUGCUACGUGUGAGGCCGGCCCCGGCGCCAGGGCGAGAGCGAGCGGGAGAGAGAGAGAGAGAGAGAGAGAGAAAGAGAGAGAGAAAGAGAGGGAGAGGGCAGCAGUCCAGGGAGGACUGUGCCAAACCAAGGAAAAAUAAAAAGAAAAAAAAAAGGAAAAAAAUAGGAAAAAAAAAAAGCUUCCAGAGAGGAACGUGUCGGGUCCCCCUCGGCUUCUCUCUGAGGCUCCAGGUGACACCCCCCCAUGCCGCUGCACCCGUUCCUGGGGGCCCUUCAUCCCCUGCCCCCAACUGUCCGGGCUAGAGGCUGGCCCAGAGUUCCCAGGGGUGAGGUGGGGUCGGGGGUUCAGCUCAGAGAGGGUGUGUUGUCUGCCUCCCUGUCCUGCGGUGUCCAGGAAAGAGGGCGGGAGGGAGGGGUGCCUGGUUAAACCCCGACAAUCUGCUGUUUCCUUGCUCACUAACACCCCCCCCCCCCCGGCCCCAGAGAUGGGAUUGACAGGCAGUGGGAGGGGCGGGCUGGAGAGGGGAACGAGGACUCAACUCAGAACAGCAGCUCUAGUUUUCUGGCAGAAGCUUGGGGUGUGUGUAUGCACCCCGGGGUACCUAGCCUCUUCCUCCUCCAGUUGCCCACUGGGCCCCCCGCCCCCCUUACUGAGGCAUCGUAGAAUGGGGGGACGCCCAGCUUGGUCACACCCUCUCUCCCAUCACAAGCGCAUUGCUACUGAGCUGCUUUGGCUUCCAGAAAGGAGAGGCAGAAUGAGGGGGUAGGGACUGUUCCCCCACAGCCACCGGGUCCCUGCAGCCUUCCGUCCUGGGAGAGGAAGAAGCAAGGAAGGAAAAGAGGGGUCCUGUCUUUGCACCUGCAGUGUGGCUGGGGGUGGAGGGGCUGGGGGUUCAGUGCAGACAAGGCCCAGGAUCAGGGGCGAGUGUGGUUCUCCUGGCUAGCAGGCCCCUGGCCCCCAGGAAGGAGGAGGAGGAGGAGGGGAGGAGGAAGAGGAGGGUUUUGGCCUUGUAUUAUGUUUUCUUCUUUUUCUGUGUCCCCCCCCCCACCCCUUUAGCACAUUGUACUUGAAUUACCUCAGUUUUUGUGACCUCAUGAGCUUUCUUAACCCCCGCAUCUCCCUUUUUUGGUUGGGGUUGGAGGGAUGCGGGAAGGGAGUUUUUCUGUUUCGGGGUGUAAGUGAAGAGGUGGGUGAAUCCACUUCAGCUGACCCAGUCUCGGCCACCCUGGCGGCCGGCCGCCCUCCAGCCAGAAGGAGCAGUGCAAAGCGAAGAACUCAGGACGUGGGGGUGAGGGGCCUGGGGGGCAGAAGGGGAGGGUUGGGGGGCAGCGCCCGAGUCUGGAGCCCCUCUUGGCUCCGCCUGCGGCUGCUGUCUUUACCAGUGCACUUACCCGCAAUUUGGGGGGCUCCCGGGGGCCGGGCGGCCUCAGGCCCUUGCAACAUGUCACCCCACUCUGCGUGUAUUACUGUUGCCAAAAUCGGUCUCUUCCUGGCUGGUGUGGGGGUGCACCAGCCUCGGUUGUGUUGCAUUGUUUUUUUCGGGGGGAGGGGGGUGUUGUUUUUCUAAAAGCUACCUCUUAUGUUUGUCCGGUUGUUCUUUGGUUCCCUUCUGGCCUCCCACUGGCUGCUCUGCGUUCCCCCCCCUCAUGCCCCCUGAGUUUGGAAAGCCUGUCUGCAGUAUUUACGUUGGCUUCGGGACGGCCUUCUUGCUUUGUCACGAGAGCUGCUUGCGUAUUUUCUUUCCCCUUCCUGGCUGCCGAGGCUGGCUGCGGCUCUGUAUCUUAGGUUUUAGAAAGUGGUAGAGGGAAGCAGUUGUGGGGUGUCGGACAAUGGGGUUCCCUGAACCUCCCCCCCCCGCCCCAGCCCUCCUGCCCGCCCCCUCCCAGUCUACCCCCCCCCAACACCAACACCACAUCUGAAGGCCUUAAAAAUUGUGUGAUGCGGGGACUUGAGUUGAGGGGACAGUGUGGCUAUUGGGGUGGGGAGGAAUGCUGUUUUUGCAGCUCUAAUAAUGACAAGUGUUUCGGAAAGGAAAAAAAAAUCGGUUAAACUUGAACUACGUUGGCUAGAGCAGUUGUUGGGUUUUUGUGCGUGAAAGCGGGGAGGGUUCCUGUAGGAAAUCAUUGUGCACUAUUGCUUCCUCCCCGGUCCGGGAAGAAGAGAGGGCCUGGCCGGUCCUCAGGAGGUCCCCCAAAUCCCAGAAACCACCCUCUGAACAGCGAUCUGUCACUCGACUCUUGGGGGGGAAGGAAACACAAAUCCAAAAUCCAACUAUUCCCGAGCAGGGCCAGCGGGCGUGGGACAGAGGUGAGGCGAGAGAGGGCCCCGCCUAGCCCCCUCCCCCUGCCUCCCCAUUCACAAAAGUUGAGAGGGUUGAGCUAAUAUUUACAAAUUGUAAUAUUUUUGUAAUAUGUGUUGGUUCCUUUGUCAGUUCGACAGGACUGUGCUCUUUCCUUCUGUGAUGUGAAUAGGAGAAAAAAAAAGACAAAAAAAAACCCACAACCCCCCCCCUGCACUAUCACUGGUGAUCAUACUUCCCUUCAAACAUGUGUGUGUGCGCAUGUGUGUGCUGUUCAUGUGUGCUUGUGUGUCCAAUCACGCGGUGUGGGCAUUCUAGGGAGGGCGGCAUUGGAUAGCAGGAGGUCCCCCUCUGCCUGCCCCCCACACCCCAGGGCCCAGUGGGGUCCUGGGGGAAACUGGGGUGCGUCGGGAGGGAAGCUGGGAGAUGUGGGCCCCCUCCCCAGACACCCCCGGGGAGCCCUCCCUGCCUCUUUCCUGGCUGCCUUCUCACCAGGACAAAAGGUGAGGGCCCAGGUGAGGGACAGGAGUCACAGGAAGCUUCCCAUGUGUCCGGUAGGGAUGGGGCUGGGGACACAGGAGGGUGGAGGGGGUCUCUAUCCCCAGUGAGAGCUGAGUCUUUGCACUUACUUGCCCCUGCUGCCUUAGCUGCUGACACCCCACUUGCUCCUUCCUCCCUUCCCCGAAUCACCGCAGCUCCUCAGCGGGCUCAGGUCCAAGUCGGGGACUCCCUUUCCUGUGCUCAGCUCCUACUGAAGUGUGUGCCCCUCUACGCUUGCGGCCACAUGUACCCCCCUCCCCACUUCAUGUGUCCCUCCCCAGUCCCACCCCUCGCUCCUUCCAGGCGUUCAAAUCCUAUGUGUAUAUAGGAUAGACAAAUAUAUAGAGAGAUUAUACAUAGCAAGAGAGAUAUAAAAUAGUAAAUAUCAUUGCUGCUGUGGGCUGCUUCGGAGGAGGCUGCGAAAACGGGGAAGGUAGAUUCGGGCUGCAGGGGGUAGGGGUGGGGGGGUGGGAGGCUGGGGGACCCAGUGAUUCAGUACAAUCCAGGGAUGCAACGCCGGCUUGUUGAAUCUGUGCCUGAACCGUUUUUCCAUGUUUCAAAAGAAAAGAAGAAAAAAAAAAAAGCAAAAGUAAAAAAAAAAAAAAAAAAAGCAAGCCACAAAUUUGCAAUGUGUCACACGUGUGCGGUCCCCGGGAGGAGGCUGCGGGUCUGGUAGGCGGACUCCGGAGCCUGCCACACUGCCCAUCUGCUGACCAAGCGAGGGGACAGCGGUGGGCAAGGCUGGGGGCCUGGUGGUGGCAGUUUUCUGCAUGCCCCACAGGAGAGGAAGCAGGGCCAGCGGGUGUGGGACAGAGGUGGAGGAGAGAGAGGGCACCCCUGUUCCUCGCUCCAGAUGCCAGAGACAAAGUGGCCAGCUGGGGUGAGCGGGGCCUGGAAUGGGCGGUGCCACGGAUGGGCGUGACCUGGGAGGCUCCGCCCACACCCAUCUGGGCUCACGAAAGCUUCCCCUUCCUACCCCCUGCAGACAGGGUCCCGGCCUCCUGGGGUGUCCUAGGAAUUGUUCCCAUAGUGUUAUGCAUGAUCUUCGUAAGGUUAAGAAGCCGUGGUGGUGGUACACCAUGACAUCGACUCAUAUAUAUAAAGAUAAAUAUAUAUAUAUGUAUGUAAAUUAUAGCACUGAGGCCCCCCCGGCCCUGCUGGACCAAGCAAAACUAAGCCUUUUUUGGUUUGGGUUUUAACGUUUUGUUUCGUUGUAUGUGUGUUUCUGUGGCUUGUCUUCUGUCGUGACAGCGCAAGUGCCAGUCCGGUCGCUCUGUAUCACAGAAUAGUGUUUUUGAUUGAUUGACGUUCUAGUUUAUGUCUACCUCAGCGCCUCCUCUUAGCCUGACUUCAGGAGGCUGCCCAAUUUCGUUUCUUCAAUUUUACCGGUUACUUUUUGUACAAAUCUCUCUCUUUUUCUCUUUCUUCCUCCCUACUCCUCCUCUCUCUCUCUGAAUCUCUCCCCCUUUCCUCUCCUCUCUCCUGUAGGUCUCUUCUAUUCUCUCUCCCCCCUCCCUCUCUCUCCCUCUUUCUCUCUCCCGACCUGCUGACCCAGCCCAGUACUCAUUUGGUCCUUGCCAGCCCCGUUCUCUCCGGAAUUGAUUCACCUGAACUUCUCUGUCGGGCCCUGGUUGCAGCUUCCCGCAUCUGCCUUCGUUCCGUGUAGAUUGAUGCGUUUCUUUGUAAUUUCAGUGUUUCUGACAAGAUUUAAAAAAAAGAAAAAAAACAAAAAAAAAAAGAAAAAAUGAAUUUACUGCUGCAGGUUUUUUUCUCUCUCCAUGUGUCACUAAGUGAAGUUUGUGCCUUCUAUAGCAAAGAGAAUAUUUUUUACAUCCUACUAACAGUAGAUUUUUUUGUAGUGAACAUUUUUUGUAUUUUUAUUUAUAAGUCUCAUAAGAAAAAUAGCAAUGUUCAGUUGUAUACCUUGAAUCUGCAGUUAGAAGAGAAUAAAGUUAAUUCAGUUGUCUCUGGA